AUGUUUAUCUUUUUCUCAUCCCACUUAUUUUUAACUUUCUUCUUCCGCUUAUCAUUACCUUUUCUCCAACAUCAUAUUUUUACCUUGCGCCUCAAUCUUAUCUUUACCAUUUCUCCCCGCUCAUUUUCUCCUCCCUCUUACCUUUACCUUUACUUCUCCCUCUUAUCUUUACAUUUUUUCCUCCCUCUUAACUUUACCUUUACUUCUCCCUCUUAUCUUUACCUUUACUUCUCCCUUUUACCUUUACCUUUACUUCUCCCUUUUACCUUUACCUUUACUUCUCCCUCUUAUCUUUACAUUUUCUCCUCCCUCUUAACUUUACCUUUACUUCUCCCUCUUACCUUUACAUUUCUUCCCUCUUAUCUUUACAUUUUCCCCUCCCUCUUAUCUUUACCUUUACUAUUGCCUCUUACCUUUACCUUUACUUCUCCCUCUUAUCUUUACAUUUUCCCCUCCCUCUUAUCUUUACCUUUACUUCUCCCUUUUACCUUUACCUUUACUUCUCCCUCUUAUCUUUACAUUUUCUCCUCCCUCUUAACUUUACCUUUACUUCUCCCUCUUAUCUUUACCUUUACUUCUCCCUUUUACCUUUACCUUUACUUCUCCCUCUUAUCUUUAUAUUUUCUCCUCCCUCUUAACUUUACCUUUACUUCUCCCUCUUACCUUUACCUUUACUUCUCCCUUUUACCUUUACCUUUACUUCUCCCUCUUAUCUUUACAUUUUCUCCUCCCUCUUAA